AUGCUGAUUAGGAGUCUUAGACAAACUCUCGGGUUCUUACGACCAGAUUGUAUUCAAAUAACAUGCUCUUCAGGAAUAAAAUACUUUCCUCCUCCAAAAAACUAUGACAAUAUUGAAAUACCCGAACGUCCAAGGUUGCGCAUGUUUGAAAAGGUGCCAUUGUAUCCACCAAAUUUGAAACCACCAAAGAUGCAGAAAAGAUUAAGAUAUAUGAGAGGUCCAGAAACAUUGCACAACAAGCUACAAUUAAAACAGUAUGGCAUUAUUGCGCUUAGUGGAGGAAGACUUGCUCAUAAGCAUUUUGAGAUGGCACGUUUGGUUGUUGCCCGGCAUUUGGAUAUGAAAAGGAUGUUUGCUAUUUGGCGUGUAGACCCACCUUGGCAGCCUGUCACGAAAAAGGGUCAAGGUCAGCGAAUGGGAGGCGGCAAGGGUGCAAUUGAUCAUUAUGUCACUCCAAUUAAAACUGGUAGAGUAAUCCUUGAAGUAGGAGGAAAAUGUGAAUAUGCAGAAGCAUACAAAAUGUUGAAAAUAGUGGCAGAGAGACUUCCGUUUAAAGCCAUGGCAGUUUCUCAAAAAAUAAUGGAAAAAAUGGAAGCUGAAGAAAAAUGGAAAGAAGAAAAUAAUCAAAAUCCAUAUACUAUGAAGUACAUCAUACAAAAUAACAUGGGGGGAUGUCACAAAAUGCUGUCACCAUUUGAUCACAAAUGGCACGGAAAAUAUUUAUAA